GAGCACGCCGCCCUAUGGGGAGCGCCCGGUGCGGGCCGUGGGAGCCGGGGGCGGGCCCGCCGCCGCCGCGGCCACACGCAGUUCUGACCGCACUCGCCUGCGCCGGAACCAGCCUUGAGCAGCUGCGCAGGUCCGGGGCCCGGCAGCCCCAUCGCGGGGACCCUGCGGCGGUCCCUGGGGGAAGCCGGGGUGCAGAGGACCAUGCGGGCCGGCAAAACCUUCCGCAAGCGCCGCGCCGACUCGGAGUCGGAGUCGGAGUCGGACGAGCAGGACAGCGAGGAGGUCCGGUUGAAACUUGAGGAAACCAAAGAAGUUCAGAGCUUGAGGAGACGGCCUAAUGGGGUGAGUGCUGUAGCCCUCCUGGUUGGGGAGAAAGUACAAGAAGAGACAACUCUAGUGGAUGAUCCCUUUAAGAUCAAGACUGGCGGAAUGGUGGAUAUGAAGAAACUUAAAGAGAGAAACAAGGACAGGAUUAAUGAAGAGGAAGAUCUCAACUUAGGAACGUCAUUUUCAGCAGAAACCAACCGAAGGGAUGAAGAUGCUGACAUGAUGAAAUACAUUGAGACAGAGCUAAAGAAGAGGAAAGGAAUUGUGGAAAACGAGGAGCAGAAGGUGAAAUUGAAGAAUGCUGAAGACUGUCUCUAUGAGCUCCCCGAGAGCAUUCGAGUCUCCUCAGCUAAGAAAACAGAAGAGAUGUUGUCCAACCAGAUGCUGAGUGGCAUCCCUGAGGUAGACUUGGGCAUUGAUGCAAAAAUAAAAAAUAUCAUUUCGACAGAAGAUGCAAAGGCACGCCUGCUGGCUGAACAACAGAACAAAAAGAAAGACAGUGAAACCUCUUUUGUUCCAACCAACAUGGCUGUAAACUAUGUACAGCACAACCGAUUUUAUCAUGAAGAGCUCAAUGCUCCAGUUCGGAGGCACAAAGAAGAGCCGAAAACCCGACCCCUCAGGGUGGGAGAUACAGAGAAGCCAGAACCUGAGAGGUCUCCUCCAAAUCGCAAGCGCCCCCCUAAUGAAAAGGCAACCGAUGAUUAUCAUUAUGAGAAGUUUAAGAAGAUGAACAGACGCUAUUGAUACCGGCUCAGCGGGAGUAGGUGGGGAGGGGAUUUUGGCGGAGAGUUUGUUUUUUGUCAAGUACAAGAUGCAGUGUAAAUAUCACAGAAAGAAAAGUUUCUUUCUUCUAGAUCUCUCUAGGCUAUGCAGUUGUCUUACAACCUAUUUUUGGAUUUUUUUUUUUUUGCAAAUAGGUAUGUUAAUGAAUGUGACCGUAUGAAAGUUGACUGUAAUGCUCUUGCAUGUGACCUGCCAGGUUUUCUUAAGCAGUGGAUCGAUAUUCUCGUUAAGCCACGAGGUUUUCCUUUUUUUGUCAAAUAGUAUUCCUGUUACUAUUUCUGAAUCUCCUUUGUAAAUAAGUUGGUUUUCUUUUGAUAUUUGGGUAAUGUGAAGUAGACUGCAGGAAUUACGUGAUCUUACUCUUUACACUGUUUUCUUACGCUCAGACAUUGCUCCACCGCCUAGUUAGGACGUCUUGUUUAAGAAAUGUCAUUUAGAAGACCGAGGUUUGCUACUUGCUGUGUGACUUUGGGCGAGUCCUUUGCCUUCCCCGGAGCCACACUUUCUUCAUCUAUAAAAUGGGGGCAUUAAUAAUGCGUUACUUACCUCACGUGGUUGUUGUGAAGAUCGAGUGAGUACUUUGUAACCCUAUGGUGCUUAUUCAAAAAAAAUAGAGCAAAGAAAUCCAGGAUAGGACUGAGGAGGCAACAGUGGCUUUUCUGACUUUCCCAAAUUCCUAUUGGUUUUUCCAUAUAAUUUAUUUCUAUAUCAAGAAGUUGUAGCUGAGUGUUUUAAUUGUUAAGUAGAAUUAUACAUAAUUCUUACACAGAAGUUAAAACCAGACACUUCACCUGUAUUUGGGGGAGAUUUACUUUCUGCCAUGUCUACUCGUGGCUGGCAUUUCAGGUGCCUAAGGAGCUAGGUUUCUGUAUUCUCUAGCCUCAGGGCAAACCUGAGUGACUGAAAUGGACUUUUCCGGUCCAGCUCAAAAGAUAAAAAAAAAGUGUUUUACAAGGCAUUGGCAUGUUUCACAAAAUCACUUACAUUAAAAAUAUUGUCACUUGGAUAAUAGGUUUCCUUCAGGUCUUCUAGGCCUCAUUCAGGAAGGGGGAGACUGUGAUCAUCCUGGGAUAGGAGGCAAGAAAACUUCUGAAAUGCCCCCCAAAUUUUGUGCUACAGGCUGAAAAUUUUGAUUCACGGAAAGUCAGGUCCAAAAUGUGAUAUUUGAGGGCCUAUCAAUUAAGAGAAUAAAUGUAAAGUCCUCCACAAAUCGAGGGAUUAUUCACCUUGCCUUUUGAGAUUAACACAUAGUAAGCAUCUAAUGAAUGCUUUUUCAUUCAUUCAUUAAACUAAUAAUGUACUUACACUACCUACCUCAUAGACUUGUGAGGAAAGUGCUUUUUGUUGUAAAGUGCUAUAGAUUUGUGAGCUGUACCAGUAAUGGUAGGAUUAUUGAUAGGGAGCUCAAGUGGAUGUCAUCUAGUCCAACCCCCUUGUUUUACAGAUGGGGAAACAGGUUUAGAAAGGGUCAGUGAUUUGCCGUGGGUCACAGGUCAUAAGUGGCAGUGCUGGAAUUUGAACCCAGGUGGUCUUAGUGCAAAUGUAGUAUUGCUCCUUUAUUGAUUUAGCCUCCUAUCCUAUAAUCACUUGUUCCUAUCAGAGAGAACGCUGAAUGUCUGUAGAAAUCAGUUCAGGCAAGGGCAUGGGCUUCUAAAACUCCAUGAUUUGAUAAUGCAGUGAGGACUACAGUGCUGCUCUGGUGCUUUGUGUAGCGAGGUGACCCUGGCAGAAUCUGUUAUCCAGUGAUGGCUUUGAGUAUGGUCACAGUGAUGAACUGUUCUCCAAGCACCUGUAAUAAAAAAGUACUUACAACGUGCCAAGCACUGGAGAGAAAUAAAAAAAGCAGGGACAAUCCUUGCCUUCAAGGAGCUAACCUUCUAAGAGGGGAGAUACAUAGAGGAGGCUGGCUAGGGAAGGUGGUUUUGGUCUGGGAAGUCUCAGAGGUGGUGGGGGGAACAACAUUUAAUUGACACGCCCUUUCCAGAAGCAAUGGUAGUAGAAGAGGAAGUGGAAAGGGUAAGGUGGGUUAGGGAGGAUGGCAGGGGUGAGAGCAUGAGAAAACAUGAACUGUUGUAAACGGAAGUUAACAGAACCAGGAAAACUAUGCUUAAGGCAUCCAGUGAUGUAAAUGAAAUAACAGUGAAACAGUGGAAACUGUCAAAUUAUGAUGACCAGCCUCGCACCCAAAAAGGAGACAGAAGAAGGUACCUCCUUCGCAGAUGUGAGGACUGUGGGUGUGGACACUGCACAUAUGUCAUAUAUUUUCAAUGUGGUGUUUAGUUUUGUUGAACUCUUCUCCCCCACUUUUAUUGUUAUAUAGCCCUUAUUCACUUGGUAUCCUUUUUCCAACUCCCUCUCCCCCUCCCCUCUGGAGACUGGUCCCCAGAGGCAAGGCUCCAUCUCCCUUUCAGGGUAAUAGGGAUACCCCUGAGGAGUUGGAAAUGUCUUUAAUAUUAUUGGCUCAACCCCUUGUUCCAACAUGUUUCCUAGUUAGUAUCUCCCCUAUACCAUUUAUUGCCCCGGUGGUGAGCGUCCCAAUAUCAUUUAACCAAUUAAUACCAGUUAGCUUUUACCACAGGAUAUUUGCUGAGAAGAUAUAUUGGUCAGAAAUACAAACAUUCCCUCCUCACUGGGGUCUGUGCCACCUUAGUCCCUGAGGAGAGUGGGCUCCAAUUUAAAAGCCGCUGUCAGGAAACAUUUGUCCCAGCAAGUCUUACAAAUAUGGCCUAGCCGCUGGAAAAAUUGGUCCUUGAGACUAGCCGUUGCUGGACUAGGUCAAGCAGCUCACUCCUCGCAGCAAUGCUGAUGCCCUCCCCACUCUGCCGCUGUUGCUGAUGAGAAUGACUAACCCUGGAAUGGACUCCAGAUCCUGGACCACUUGUGGUUCCCCUGGUCUUUCAGAGCUUACAGGGUCAUAGCCUAGUCCAUUUCUAAUACAUCACCCAAAAGUAGGAAAGAAUAAACAAAUAGACAAAAAGAAAAAGACAUCAUAUAUUAAGAGCCAUAUAUAGGACCAGAUUGUUGGUCCUGGUGCUCCCUUUUCCACCUAGAGGCUUCAGAGCAGGUAUUGCCUUGCUCACCCACGAGGAAAGAAAAACCAGUGUAGCCACCUGAUAAAUUGUUGGCUCAGCAGCCAACCAAAAAGCCUUUUCUUCUGAGCACCAAGUAGACAAGCAUAAAAUGCCAGGAUAUGCUGAGUAGUAGAGCAGCCUCCUCCGUUUUUCCUUAGCUGACACUUAGAAACAGGCUCACUAAACAGGCAAUUAACCUCCAGCAGGAAGACUGAGCCCUCUUUGGACAAGGUCCUAUUGAAUUAUAGGGAAAGGUGCUCAGAGGCAAGAGAAAAGGAACAUUGGGAAAGGAUAUGUGAUGUGAAAAUGAUACAAAUAAAAUUUUAUUUUAAACAAUAUAAAUUUCUUGAGGAUGACAAUUAUAUUGAUUUUUGUCUGUGUGAGCCCUAGCCCUGGCAUUCAUAAGCUAGGCAUUUCAUUUAUAAGUGGUAGACUUAAAACAUUGUAGACUUCCCUAAGCCUUAGAACAAAGCCACUCCCUUUCCCCCAACCCCAUGUAUUCCACCAUCCAGGGACAUCAACUUCCUUGUUCUUCCUCAAACAAGACAUUCCACCUCCUCAGUGGGCAUUUCCUCUGGCUGCCCCCAUGCCCGGAAUGCCCUCCUUCCUCAUCAGGCCGUAGCUUCAAGUCCUAGCUAAAGCCCCACCCACACGAAACCUUUCACAGUCCCUCAAUUCUGGUGCCUUCCCUUUGUUGAUUAUCUAAAAUUUAUCUUGUAUAUAUCUUGUUUGUACAUAGUUGUUUACAUGUCUUCCCCCUUUAGACUGUGUGCUCCUGGAGGGCAGACUCUUUGUAUCCCUAGCACUUAGGACAGUGCCUGGCACAUGAGAGGCACUUAAUAAAUGUUUAUUGACUGAUGGCUGAUUCAUUGACAAGUAUGCCAGUCUACAUUGGUAGAAAGAGUUCUGUAUAUCAAUGAAGUUAUAGGUUACAGAUUUAUAUAUAGAUAUAAUUUCAGUCAUAUAUCAGGUAGAAAAAUAUAUUUUGUAUACACAUCUGUGGAGAUGUGAUUUCAGUAUAUAGAAUGUCAGCGUAAGAUCUUCAAGGUCAGAUUUUCAUUUAUAUCUUUGUAUUCCUAACACUUAACACAUAGUGGGCAGUCCAGUUAAAUUCAGUUCUGUGACCUAUUUGCAGAUUUAUCUGCCAGACCACAGCCCUGUGAUCCAACUUCUAUUGCAUCCUUCCUUACUGUGUGUUCACAAGUCACAACUUCCCCAUCUAUAGAAUAAAGGGAUUAAACACGA